AUGAACGAGUCUCGCAGCAGCAGCAUGUCCCUCGCCGAGGCCCGAUUCCAUUCGGACUCGUGGAUUCUUCGCUUGUCCGGCUGCCUGACACCCUUGAACAGCGAGGACCGACUACCAGAACGGCAAUCACGAGGGGGAUACACUGUGCUGACGGCAACAUUAGCGAUUACUGCAUCAUUGCUCGAGCUGACCUCCUUGCUGAGCCGCUCCCUCUUUGGAACCCGACGGCUGAGCAUUUUCAACGGCGGUCUAUUCUUCACUCUCAGACUGCUGUUGCUGGCCAAGGUGUCAUCCCAGCUUGCCACCUUCCUCGCCAUGUCUCGGGAAGUGCGGGCACUCGUGGCCCGAGCAGCGGAGUACGAGCGUACGUGCCGCCAGCCCGCGACACAUCGCGCUUCUCUGCGCUGCAAGACCGCCUACAGUACAAGAACCCACGAAGUGUUUCAAGAGAUAUCUUCACCUUCCAGGGCGCUUCAUCUUCUCGUGGUGACGGCUUUCUUCACCACACGUUGGUACGUGUUUCUCAUGUGGGUGCACGAGAGCAUACCAGCAUUCCUCUCAGCGUCACUGUCCAUCGUUACGGCACUAGCGGCCGCAGCUGUCACAGUCUGGGACAGUGCACCAGGCAUUCUGGCCAAGUGCUUCGCCGAGGUCUUUGUCCAGUACCUGAGAGCCGAAAACAUGGCUCUGGAGGCCGCAGCCCACGGGCAGGUGGUGGUCGUCGGCGCAGAACAAAGGAGGGACGACCUUCGCACUGUGCUCGCAGAUUGUCGGGCUAACGUGGAAGCCGUGCUGCGUUUGGUCAAAGCUGCUCAGAGCCUCCUGGGAACGCCGCUGCUGCUGUCCUUCGGCGCCAACAUGGGUGUCGUGUGUGCCGUGCUCUACUCUCUGACCGACUCCUCGACGCCCACCGGCCUAAUCAUGUCCGGCAUCCUGUAUUCCAGCCUCAACUUCGCCGACGCCUUAGACGUCGCUUUUGCCUCGGAGUCACUCGCAAAUGAGGUGGCCGAGAUGAAGUGGACGCUCCGGUCUCUACCAUUCCAGGGCCACCUGGAUAAAUUCGCAAAAGACGUGCGGUCAUUUCACGAAAUCUUGGACCCGUCAGCUAUGUUUCUCAGAGCUCAUGGUUUCUUUCGUGUAAACAUGGCGCAGAUGAUAUCGAUGAGUGCAGCGGUGAUAACGUACACUGUUAUCCUCAUACAGACAAGUCAAAGUGUCAAGGGAACAACAUCGUCAGACUCUGCACGUUCCAGCCAGAGAUAAUAAAAGCCACAUGUACGAG